CGCCCUACUUUGGGUGGAACAAGGGAACAAAAUGUUUUUCUCUUUCCGCACAAAGUCAUAGCUGAGCUAUAGUGAUUUUUUUGCUAAAGCACAAAUAAAUCAAUGGCUGCAAGUUUGAAAGCUUCUGAUUUUGAGGAACCAUACGACCCCACAAAUUUUGUUGAACGUAUUUCAGCUAAUGUUGUUGGUGGUGGGACAAAAGGCGGACAGGAAGGGUUUGACCCUGUUAUACUGCGAGAUCAUUUCUUAGAAACUAUUAAAGCUCUUCAACAGUUGAGCGAGCAAACAGAUGGGCAGAUUGCAAAACUUGAACAUGUAUGUCAAGACCAGGAACAGAUACACAAAGAAAAAGCUGCUGAUGUGGAAAAACAAUACAAGACUACAAUGUCGAAGUUUUACGAUCUUGAUGAUCGAAUAAAUUCUGUUGCUACUAAAGUUGUUCAUUUGGGCGACCAGCUUGAGAAUAUCAGUAUUCCACGACAGCGUGUACAGGAAACGGAGCAAGUUAUGAAAUAUUUUGAUGAAUUUCAUUCUGGUAAAGAUUUAACCUCACCAAUAUUUAAGGAUUCAAACAAGUUACACGAAGCAGCUGCUAUUAUUUGUCAGUUGCAGAUGGUGGCAGAUGAACUUCCCAGAGAUAAGUUUGAGAGAGUGCAGAGAAAAAUCCAAGAAAAAUAUUCGUCAAUAGAGUCAGAUUUGCAAAGAGAAUUUGUAAAUGCUUAUAAAAAAGGCGACAUUGACACCAUGGCUAAAAGUGCAAAAACCUUACUACCUUUUAAGAAUUACCAUUUAUGUUAUGAAGAAUUAAUUAAGAUGGCUAUGGAUGAUUUCUUUCAACAAGAAGACGUUUUCAACGAUGUACUACCAGCUUGUCAACAAGUUCAAGAUAUUGCCAACAAAGUUUUUGAACACAAUGCAGAACACGUUCUGGCCAGAUUUGUGCAAUAUAUAUUUGACAAAAAGUUAGCUGGGUAUAUAUACCGGAAACUACCUGAAAAAGAAGUAGAAGAGGAACUGUAUUUGAAGAAGCUAGCAACAUUAUAUGGAAGAUCUAAAGAAAUAAACAAGAAAUUGUCAGAGUUAAGAAUCGGAUCAGACUCGACUUUUCUGGAUCGUAUAUCAAAACCAAUGUUUUCAAAAUAUCUCAACAAAUAUAUAGAGGACGAACUACAAUACUUAGAAGCGGAGUCGGCGUCUACACUAAACAGAUUUUACAACAGUAUCGGUCACGUAAAAAAAGAAAUUAAACAGAAUUUUAUGUCGGACAUGCCAGAUAGUUUAAAAGAACUUCAACGAAAGAUACCAGGUCGCGAUAAAAACACGCUGAAAGACAUUCUUCUGUCGCAAGAUGUAGCUGUCACCUUACUGCAAGAAAACAAGCUAGCUAUUAGAAGAUGUGAAAUGCUGUCAUCACCGUCAGACCUUCCAAAUAACGUGUUUCGCAUUUUUAAAAUAUUUCUCAAGUAUCUUGGUGAAGAACAUUUCGAGUAUGCAGUUGAAGUCACUUUACAAUUUUUACCGCCACUGGAGCCGAAAGUUGCACCAGAUUUGUUGUUUUUAAAUGUUCUUUAUCAAUCCAACACAAUUUUUCAUCUUAUUGAAAAACAUUUUACAGACUACGUCCUCCGGAAUGUCGGUUCAUCAACGAUUUACAGUGAAUGUGCUUCAAAGAAAAAGCUUUUGAUUGACAAUCUGGAGUCGAAACUUAACCAAGGAAUGGAAAGAAUUCUACAGAGUAUGGUGAAUUAUCUAAAGUUCAUAUUGAAUUCUGAACAGAAGAAAUCUGAUUUUCGUCCGGAAACUCAAGAAUUAAUGGGAGCAGUGACACAAACCACUGCGUGCACGAAAUGCUGCAGGUAUAUGAAGUCAGCUCUUCCUGAACUACGUAAUUCACUGGACGGUAAAAACCUGGAAGUUGUGUUAACAGAGUUUGGAACAAGAUUUCACAGAUUGCUGUUAGAUCACUUGUAUCAAUAUACCUUCAGUGACGUGGGUGCCAUGGUUGCACUUUGUGACGUUAAUGAAUAUCGACAUACUAUUAAAUUAUUGAAGAUUCCAUUACUGGACAAGUUGUUCAGUGUGUUGUUAGCAUUGGUAAAUUUAUUAGUUGUUCAACCUGACAAUUUAAAAGAUGUAGGAGGUGACGAACAACUCGCUGACAUCGAUAAAAGCGUGUUACAACAAUUCGUUCAGCUGAGAGCAGACUAUAAGGGCUUGAAAUUAGGAAAAGUGUUUUCAUAGCAUACGUUAUUGUAAUGGUAUGUUGCGCAUGCAUUAACUGGAACAGCCGAUGCUUGCCAGCAUUUAUUUGAUUUAAUGUUUCCCAUUAUUUUUAAAAUCCAGCUUUAAAUUAUCAUUUCCAAAGUCCUUUAACACAAGUGAAAAACUCUAUAAAUUAUGUCGGAACCUAGGAAUGAUGUUUGUUUAGUUUUUAGUUUUGUCCUAGCUCACAACUGCAUCCUGUGGUUGGAUACAUAACGCAUCAGUUGAAUUAUUUUUCGCCUUUUUUGUAAAUAAUUAUAAUGAGAAUAUAUCUCAGUUGCUGUUAA